AUGGCCUCCUCGCCCUUGUUAGUACUAUUUUUUUCUGGUUGGAGUCAGAUUCUGCUCUAUGGCCUUAAUACUGUUUUGUUCGUGACGGGAAUAUAUCUCUUAGGGCAACGGGAAAGGCGGGAAGGAACCACAUUCAUAGUCCUUUCCUCUGUUUUAUUGUUUGCGUUUGCGUCUAUAUCUGCUGUGGUCGGGACAGCAUCGGUUGUUGGGGGAUAUCUGAGUAUACCACUGGUGCCUGGUACUUCCCCUAGUGCUACGGGUAUCAACCUCUCGGCGUGCAGUAUUAUCCAAUAUGUGGUUCUUCACCUCGUCGAUUUCACUGCAUUCAUGAUACUGGUCUAUCGUUGUUUCAGCAUCUGGGGUCGUAAUUACCUAGUGAUCGUCAUCCCUGUCGUGAUUAUCCUGGCAGAAACUGGUGUCUAUUACUACGAACUUCGCCACUACAUCAAAAUCCAGUUCGCAUCCGGCCUCCAACAACAGACGAGCAGUGAGGUGCUCAAAAAGUCACUGGCAUUCACGACCGCUGCGUUGAUUUUGGCUGCCGUUGCCAACGCGUUGUUAACGCUGCUAAUCGCGGGUCGAAUAUGGUGGUUGAAAAGACGGGUGCAGCAUCUCACGGGUAACGGAAUUAUAGGGAACUUGCCGCAAAAAUACGAUUCCAUUAUUGCCAUAACGAUGGAAUCGGGAAUGAUUAUUCCCAUAUUCCUCAUCAUCUACACGGUCUACAGCAUCCGUAACACUUCUGGCGACCACGACGCACUUGUGAUCAUGGCGUUCAUGUUACCCCAAGUCAUUGCCUUCGCUCCCUUGUUGAUCAUGGUUCGCGUCGGUUUAGGUCUCACAGUCGAACGUGAUCAUGUCAAGACUUCGAGUUCAUACGCAACGAGAUCUACAACCAACCAAAGUAGAUCGCAACCCCAUUUAUUAAAUAUAAGUCGGGACAUUAGGGUGUCGGUAUCUAUGGGCCAACCGGACGAUGUGGAGCUGGAUACAGUGCCUAGUAAGGGGCGGGCGUUCUAG